CUCCUCGUUACGCCCUCUUCGAAACCCUUCUUUCGUUCCACUCCGCUUCACUCCACUCCAGUCGUUGGGAUCUCCGCCUCUUUCUUCCCACUGCCAUUUUCCGGCGGUGGAGACCAAGCGCUGAUCUGUCCGAUCUAUUCACCGCCGCCGUGUCUUGGUCGUCCUCCGCCACCAUGGAAGCCGAGCGGAUGCGUCAGUUGAUGCUCCUCUGGCUGAGACGCCUAAGUACCCGAGUGGCCCUCGUGGGUGGAAACCACACCGCCGCCCGCUUUUGCUCCCGCUAAUUGCUUCGUCCGCCUCGCUCUCCGGCAUUCUCCUUCCUUUCGAGGUUUGUUUCCUCAUCGAUCUUUUCUCUCAAUUUGAUCCGGCCUCUUUCUCUUAGAGAAAUUGACAAAGAGAGCACUGUCUCUGGAGCGCCGCACCGCGAUGAAGAGCUCUCCGUGGGCUGUUAGAGGCCACGGGGAGAGCCACGCCGCCCACCCCGUUGCCCGCGGAGCCGAUGAACUGGUCAUCAGACUUCCACACCCGCUGGUACUCAGCGUGAUCGCCAGGUCAAUGCUGGUAACGACGGUCAUUCUGGCCUUCCCCUGGCUCCGAUCCAUACUUCCGCAUGCCGCAGCCGGCCUCAUUUUGCCUUCCCCGCCGCAUCGCUGGGCGGAUGACCCCUUCUUUCUCCCAAUGCUCCUCCGCGAUCUGCGGCGAGAGGGGCUUCUCGUCGCAAGCGCACGCGGCCCUGCCAUCUUCCUCGGGAACCCCGGGGCACGGAUCGCACUCGUGAAGCAGAACAAGAUGUUCCCUGUCAUGACGGAGAUAGGCCGAAUGGCCGUUCCUGAUCACUCCGUCGACUUUGUGCUCGACGCUGACGGGUUCUGCGACGCCUCCUUUGUGUUUGUCGAUAGGAUUCUGAGAAUUGGGGGCGUCGCCAUCAUCCGAUUGAGCGUGGAUCCUUCGCGCAUCUUUCAUUUGCCAACGAAUUAUAAGAUCGUGUACAUCCGGCAGUUUGGAUCCACCAUCGUAGGGAUCAAGAAAAUGACCCAUGCCAUUGCCCGCUUGGAGGCAAAUUCAGCUGAGUUCGAGGACAUUCGUAUCGGAAGGAAGCUGCUCGCUGUCCCGGAGCAGAUCGAUAAGCUGCCAAAGAACCAAAUUGGGAGAAAACUCCUCGCCCAAUCGAACAGUAACUUGCUGCGCGCAUCCGAGUACGCAUUGCUCGGUCUGGCACUGGAUCUGAAAUCACUAGCCAUGUUCCAUAAGAAGAUCAAGCAGCAUGUUCAUCGACAUUGGGCUCCCUGUACUAACGAGCACCAAGAACUAUUCGAGGUGAUCAUACUUGAUAUCAUGGAGAAAGGAAAUGGUGCCAUCGGAGCCACAGGAAUCGCUGAGUGGCUGCUGGACAAUGCGAGCCAAGAUGAGUUCGAGCUGAUGACGUUCGAGGCCGAAGUGAUCGAGGAAUUGCCGAAGAAGACGAAGGCCAUUGGGAUUGUGGACGAGUUCUUGCUAAAGCGCACCAGCCAGUGGCCCUACUGGGAGUGCUCGACCCUCUAUGGUCGGCUCAGGAACGAGGUGGUUGCUGUCCGUCAAUGGUUCGAGGAAUGAAACCGAAAGAGACCAACAACAGCGCCAGUGGUCUAGGAGUCUUCAGGAACCAAUAAGAGCUUUGCUCAGCACCAGUGUUCCCAUGAAUUAGAGAGUAAUUAACGUUCAGUUAGUGUCGUAGACAGUGGGCUGGAUCAUGUUGAUUCCUUCCCAGUCUACAUCAUCUCCUAUUUAGUAUUUUAAUUCGCAUCGUGUGGUCUGUGUGUGGUCAUCGGCCUCUUCAGUUUAUGUCUGUCCCGAGGUUGUUGCUCAUGAAAUCAUCAUCAGGCAUUUGCUUUUUCCUA